AUGCACCCACAUUGGUACUCCGCCUCUCCCGACAUACAGCGCAAGCUCAUAUCGCUCUUCAUUCUUUCUUUGGCUCCCAAGAACACCGUCACCACGCUCUCUCCGAACCCUAACUCUCCCUUGACUAUUUUCAUUACUGAGCUGGAGUAUACGCGCUCGCCGCAUGACAUUGCCGCUGUAUUGCGGUGGGCGCUCCGGCAUCUACGACUGGGCGGCGACUCCUUUGGGGUUGGAUCCGAUCCGUGGCAGUGGUACGCCAACUUUGCCGACGCAGAACGAGCAGCGUCCUACCCACCCAAUGCAUUCUCCCAAUGUCUCGCCCCGCAGCUGCCUCCUGCCCACAUGCAAUUGCUCGUCGCCACUUUGGAAAUCCUGUCCUCUCUCGCGGCGCACUCGGAACGAAAUGGCACCUCCGGCAGCAAGCUGUCGAAGUUUCUAGGCCUGUGGCUGCUCACGGCGCGUAGGACUGAAGACGAUGACGACUGGUCAUCAUUCUACGCACGAUGGGAACGUGCGGGGAGGAUUCUGGAGCACCUAUUUCUGGCGCAGAUCAGGGACGACAUGGUGCACAAGAAGAUGCCUCUGCGGCUCGCUGAACUCGUAGCAAGCUAUCCGUUCCCCAGCGAUGGCUCGACUGAGGAAGGACUGCUACCGAGGCCACGUCUGUCCACCCGACGACAUGAUGCAUUGUACGUCCGCGUGGAGGUGCAACUGCCAGACAUCAAGAGUUCCCCACCGAAACAACAUCCCUUUCGCGUCAUCACUGAUGCUACCAAGGCAGAAUCUCGGCCAGAUCAUGGCGAGUAUGAUAGCAUCUGGGACGCUAUAAAACAG